AUGACAAAGUUUAACCGCACCGUUGGCCGGAAGUCGGCGGUUAAGAGCGAGCUGGCUGGCUUCAAGCAGGGGUACGAGGUGGACCAUCGUUCCUUCGGCGAACUGAUGCCGCCCGGUGCCGGAACGGCGAUGGCGUCGGUAAUGCACGGCAAAGCGAAUGGCGGUGCGGGAGCGUGUGCUGUGAACGGGCCAUUGCAUGGUGGGCAAAAAAGUGUUCACACCCUGCAGGGUGGGAUGGUGGUAACGGGUGGUGGCGGUAGUUGUAAUCUUCCUAACGGUGUUGGUAGUGUCGGUGUUGGUGGUGGUGGUGGUGGUUACUUACAUGAUCUCAGUGCCGAGCAAAAGCUAAAACUCAACAUCCAGCAACUUCACAUCCGACAGAAACAGCUGCAGCUAACCGAUUACGAUGACAACAGCCUCAGCUCGGAGGAGCAUGUCCUGGCGCCGGCCGCUGGGUGCAUGGCCAGCCCGAACCGGCCAUGCCUAACGUGGGCCUGCAAGGCGUGCAAAAAGAAGAGCGUCGCGGUUGAUCGCCGAAAAGCGGCAACCCUUCGCGAACGGCGUCGGUUGCGGAAGGUAAAUGAAGCAUUUGAGGUAUUAAAGCGACGAACCAGCACGAAUCCAAACCAACGGCUCCCGAAGGUGGAAAUCCUGCGUAAUGCCAUCGAGUACAUUGACAGUCUGCAGGCACUGCUGGAUGAGACACCGCCGCUACACCAAAGCACGGACAUCCUAGCCAACGGUAGCAGUGCGGUUCUUUCAACACCCCAGGACUAUAUGAACUGCUGCUCCAACAGUUACCUGCGCGAACGCCUAGGACAACUGGGAAAGGACAACGACCGGUACUCACCCCUGACAGGGUACAAUCAAACAUCCACUUCCGCAUCCAUUAGCGGUUCCAGCUUGGAUUGCCUGAACCUGAUUGUGCAGAGUAUCAGCAACGCACCACAGGCAUCGCAACUGUUGCCCCAAACAAUCACCCAGACCGCUCACACACCACCAGCGAACAUUGCCAUCCUGACCGGUGGCACAUCUUCCGGCAGUAAUGGUGCGCAGCUACACCAGCAUCAGCAUCACACGCUACUGUACGGCAGCGGUACGUUCUGCUCACCCUCUCCAGCAUCAUCAGCAUCAUCCGCUUCAUCCUCCUCAUCGUCUUCAUCAUCGUCGUCCGUUUCUUCGGUUUCUUCCUCGCCUAUGUCACCAGCGCACCAUCAGCAUGGUACGAUGGGAAGCAACCGAACCGUGGCACCACCGACGACAUCCGUUUCACUCCCAUAG